UGCAGAUCAUAAUCGAUAGUUCAAUUUCUUUGAAAAAUGUCUUCUGAUAUAAUUCAAACGCGUAACACAGUGCCCCGUAAGCGGGGAAGACCCGCAGGAAGAGGUCGAGUUUCUCUUACUUUAUAUGAAAAACGAGCUCUCAAUGCGUCGUAUGAGAAGGAGAGAAGAGCUGCUAUGAACGAAGCUCUAGAAAAUUUGGCGAAAGAGGCCGGUGUGCAGAGUACUUUGUCUGUUCCGGACCUGUUAGCGGAGGUCUUGACGCUUCUACAAAAGUCGAUGAAGCGCGACAAAUACUGGGACGCUGAGAGACUGCGGAAAGCCAAUGAGGACCUGGAAUCUGAAAGUAAGUUGCCCCGCUAA